ACGUACUCGCGUUGUUCGCAUUUGACUCGCGCGAUUAAUGCUUCAGUAGACUUUGAAACUCCGCAAAAGCUAGAAGCGAUUCAAAGGUGGUUUCUAAAAAAUAAUAAGUGAUGACUUUUAACUGGAUUUACCUGUCGCAACACCGACUGUGGGUGGUGUGGUCAGUUCUGUUACUUCAGCUCAUUGUCAGUUCAUCGAGCUACGCCGCAUAUCCAGAUCCGCCAACUGCUACCUCAACAACAAUUGGUGCGCGAAAACUCUCAACUGCGGAGGAUUGUUUAGGCGUAGUAGCUUUCUCGGCAUCACAUGGGACCGUUAACGACGCGAGGGUCGUACUGUCGGAAACUCAGGUUGACAAGGGCGUCGGCUACGUCGGAUCAACCGGGACGUUCACCACGCAUUGUCCUGGACUUUAUCAGUUCAGUUUUGCUGGAUACGGAAGCCCGGACUUGAGGCUAACUCUGAAACGCAAAGAAGGCUCGAGAAAUUCAUGGGUCCCUGUUGUAAGCGCAGGGCCCGGAGGAGGCUCGAAUCUUGUCCUACUCGAGGUCGAGGCGGGUGACCAACUUGCCGUAUUUGUAGAGUCCGGCAAAAUUUCCGACGGCGCAACUUUCACCGGGCUCCGUAUAGCCAAGAAAUCAUGAAAAAGAAAAAAAGGAAGCUUACGUCACUUUCUCCUUCUUAUUUCUAUUCUGUGGCCCUUGCUUCACGCCAACGUUUACCGAUUGAAUUCAACGGCUAUAUCAAAACCAAGAGAAACUAAUUUGAAGAUUUUUUUUUUUUUUUUCAUUAACCAAGUGAGGAAAAAAUUUCAAGCAACUUUUAUCACGUCAUUGUCAUCGUCGUUUCAAUCGCCGAUUUCGACUCGAGAGAUGCAUAUGACCAGAAUAUUUGACUGAAUUUUCAAUGGAAGUAAAUUUUUAGUACAAAGUUUUAAGUUAUUCAAACUCGAUCGACGACGUGUGUUUGGCCCGAGGAAAUUUGAACGACCGAGUGAAAUCCUGCUCAAGUCAGCUUACAUGUUUUCGAAACAUUCCCACCAGAAGAUAAAGAAACAUAAAUUGUGUCUAUAUCGUAAUCGAAGUUUGUCUAUCGUUACCUGACUUCACUAGAGAAAUUUUAAUUUACUUUAUAAAUAUUCAGUUAAUUGCUAAACUACACGAUAGACCAAUUAAAUUUUAGAGUUCCUAUAAUUCUGUAUGAAAUUUUUUUGAUACGCAAGGAUCGAAAGAGACACGAUCAAUAGUUGUCCCAAAUUAGAAAAAAAGGCCGCAACUCCGCUCUGUGAUAGCUAUCCUUCUUUUAAGCUACGUUUAUACUUAUUUCCAUUUCUUUUCACCUAGAUUGGAAUUUGCGAUUGGUUUUUACUUUAAUUCUAAAAUUGUCACCUGGAAAACGUGAGAAUUAUCAAAGAACGUGCGAAUUUUUCGAUUCAUACGAUUGGCGAUAUCAAUAUCGAAUGGUACAAAAAUAAUUUUUGCAAUCGUCGGUCACUAUUGCACCGAUAUGACGAUCAAUUAUUUUGAACAAUUCAGUGAGCGCGGGUGAAAAGAAUCGCAAUAUUUCUCUAGUCUCACCCUGAAAUCUUACUUACAACCCUUACUUAAUUCUUUUUCAACUACUUUCGGUAUCCAAUUCCUCUUCGAAAAACUUUCUACCUUCUACCUUCUACCUCCUAUGACUCUAUUUCUCUACGAUUUUCUCUAUCCUCUCAACUUCUGUCAUGCCUGAUACUUUAUCUACUCUAUAAUUUCUUCAAUCCUCUUCUGACUUUCUCUCCACUUACUCGUCUACUUUUUUUUUCCAAUUCUUUCUCUCAACUUUGUUUCAUUCUUGACUUCUUCCAUGAAAAGCUUUUCUGUUUUUCAAAAUACUCUACACUUUACUUUUACCUAUCUCUCUAUCCUUUCUUGUUAUUCUAUAUCUUCUAUACUUUGAUUUUUCUCUCUUCGAAACUCCUUUCAUUUUUCAUUCUUCUGCUCUUUCCUUUCGCACUGUGAAUUUUCCUCUACCGCUAAUUUCUCGCCUUUAUUUUUCCCUGUGUCUAGUUCAAUUUUCGACUAAAUGCUAAAUCUACCCUAUCAGUAUUACGAUCUCAAACUUCCGCUUCUAAUUCUUGCCAAAAAAAAUAUCAAAACUACGCAAACUUACACUGUUUCGCAACGUUUUUCUGUACCUCUCAUGAAUUUCGAUAAAAACUGAAAAUUAUGAGAACGCUGUCGAAACUGAUUCUUCUAGCCUCUCCUAAUUUGUUUCAUUCUCACCGAUUUCUUCUUCCGUAACUCCUUUCGACUACUUUCAAGCUUCUGUCUCCUCUUCUAUUUAUACUAUCUUUCCUUCAUAUCUUGGUAUUUUUUCCACUUCGACUUUUCACUUAUCAAACGCCACACACUAUCUGUACCUGAGCUUGCAAGUUCUAAGACAACUGCAAUCGCGCUAUCAACAAUUCUCUCAUCUUUUUUUUCGACUUCUUUCAUUCAGUUUUCACCACAUUUUUACUGUCUCUGCCAAAUUACUCUUUACAAUUUCUUUUCUCACUUUCCUAUCUUCUAUACUGUCUCAAUUGUGUUACGAAAUUCUUCGCUCUCUCUUUUUUUCUGUUUCGUUUUUCAUUGGUUUGAAUUUUUUCUUUGGCUCGUAUUCCUUCUCUUUUCUACUUCUAUCAAUUCCAAUUCGGUACUGAAUUUUUCCUACUAUGAACCUUUAUCUGUUUUCCAAUACUCUCUACAGUCUGCUUGGAUAUCUUCGCAAACAAAUCUAUCUCGUCUUUUUUCAAGAACCUGAAAAUUCUCUCGAACUAUUCUAACUCUAUUCUCUGUUACCUACGAACUUUUUUCACUGUCUUUAUCUUCUUUCGAUAUUCGAUAAACUAAAACUUCGUUGCGAACGCACAAAACAUCUGUUUUCACCUAAACAGUAUUACGACUGAUUCAUUUUUAGAUUAAAACUUUAUUGACUACUAAAGUUCUUUUUUUUAACCUUUUUUCUUUAUUUCCAAUCUACUUUAUUCUCACCUUCACCUUUCUUUCUUCUUCUCUACUUCGACUUCCGCUCACUGAGCUACUUUUUAAAGUUCUUUCGUCUGUUUCUUUUUCCAUUCUCUCUGUCUCUUCAUCCCUAUCUCUUUUCGUUUUUUUCCUACUCUCUCUCUCUCUCUCGAUUUCUUUUCUUCCCCUCUAGCUGGCUCACUUCAUAAAUUUCUAUCUCCUAACGAAUCUACGUCUUUUCUCCCUUCCUCUUCAUACUCGAACUCUUCUUCAUUAGCCUGAUAAUUUAUUUGAUAUAAUUACUGUACACCGUACCUCGUCGUUCUACUUCUGUUUUGAAUCUUUCUCUCUCUCUCUCUCGCUGUUCUUUCCCUAUCUCUCUUUGCUAUUCCUUUUUAUUCUCCACUCUAAGUUUUCCCCUCGUCUUUAUUUUUCUCGUGUUCUCCUUUCAUAAUCCGUAAAAUUAAAUGCUGUGAUUAUCGUACUAAACAUGCGCCCCUACUGUAUCUAUUUUACUUUCCCCAUACUCGUACUAUUUACUAUUAUUCUUGUACUAUUUACUUAUUUACUGUUACUCUUACUUUUUCUCCUAUCGUUAAUAAUGUGUAUUGUAUUUGGAUUUUUUAUUCUGUUUUUCAUCUGUAACGUACAUACAUAUUUCGUAGGAUCUUAGGCCCGAAUUUGUCAAUCGCGUGUCUUUGCUUUUCCUGUGACCGACUGUUCUCUUUUAAUAAGUAUUCAGAAUCACCGCCACCAUCUGUCUCUAUAUACUACGUGCUAUUUUUAUAAUAAAAUGUGAUUUUUAUUCUAAUUUUAUUUAUUAAUCUGUACUUACUUUUCGUAUAUACUCCAACCUUUCCCCUAAGUUCUGUGUUCUCUCUUACUAUCGUUCUCUUGAGCUACCCUUAGACUGCAAUUACUUCUUUCCGUCAUAUUUUACAUUUUGUCUUCGAAAACUUUCGUCUCACCUGAUCGCCAAAUCUUUCUAUGGCUGCAACAAAUUCACAUAUUUUCACCUUCGAUAAUUAUUCUUAUUUCUUAUUCGCGCUAUCACAGCCAAUUUUCAGACGAACAUUCGAUAGUCUUUUCGAAAAACGAUGUAGAAACGUAAUAAGAUGAACCAGAAACUCGUUGAAUUUCUUCAAAAAUUCAAAGUAAUUAAGAUUUUUGUGCUUACUUUAUGUAUUGCACACCAAUGUAUUCGUAGAAAAAACUUGUACCCUGCAACGUAUUACUGCACAGCAUACGAAUAAACAAUUUUUGGUUGGGAUAGUAAAAAUAAAUGUGAUUAAAAAAUG